AUGGCUUUCUUGAUCAAGAGCAUGAUUGGGAACCCCUUGUCAGGAAUUGGUCUUGGUGGUGGAGCUGACAAAGAAGAGGAGGCCGCCCCCACAGAUCCAGCCAAAGCAGCAGGGAUGACGCGUGAGGAAUAUGAAGAGUAUCAAAAACAGGUGGUGGAGGAGAAGAUGGAGAGAGAUGCAGAUUUCUUACACAAGAAGGCCGAGAGGGCAACACUCAGGGUGUGCCUCAGAGAAAAAUACAGGCUGCCAAAGAGCGAGCAGGAUGACAACAUGAUUGAGAUAGCCGGGGACGACGUGGACGUGCCCGAAGAGCUGCUCAAGAUGGUGGACGAGGACGCCACGGAGGAGGAGGACAAGGACUCCAUCAUGGGCCAGUUUCAAAACUUGCAGAACAUGGACAUGGACCAGCUGAAGGAGAAGGCCUCGGCCACCGUCACCGAGCUGAAGAGCAAAGCGGAGGAGAAGUGCUCCGUCAUGUGA